AUGUCAACAUCUCAACCAGCUUUGUCCUCCUCUCCCGACUUUACGACCAAGGAUAUGGACUGCUCUACUCCCUCACCGAAUUUUAGGCGGGAUCCGGCGGACGUUCAGACUAGUGUAGCUGCGACUGUCGACACUACGGUUUUCUUCUCAGACGAUAAUCCGGUACGUCUUACUGCAUCUAUGGAGAAUCUCUCCAUUAUUCCCACAGCAUCCCAAGUUUCCUCGGCCUGCGCCACCACUCCGGGUGAAGUCGACGUGGAGUCUUCUUGUUCUAGCGGUAGUUCGCCACCACCAACGAAGCGAGUUAAGCGCACUUUCCGUAGUGGCUUUGCGACACCUUCAGGUUCCUUCUCGUCGCCUCCACCGGGUCCGUCCAAGCCGUGGGCAGCCGCGUCUCUCAGUCAUGACGAUACUAGUUGGGCCAGUUUUUCAGAAGCGUCAUUAGCAUUCGGUAGUUCAUCACAAUCAUUCUGUAACGAAGACCCUUCUUCCUCUAAAGGCUAUAGUAGGGGACGGGGUCGUGGUCCCGCGAGGCGCCUGGCGCAACUUGAGCAGUCCCCAGUUCGCGACGAAGAGUUCAUACCCCGACCAGUACGCAUACCGAGCGAGACACCGAUUGGCUUCCACCAUUAUUUGAAGAAUUUGCAUCCAUGGGCGAAGUUCGUUAACCCGCGUCCCGAAGUGUUAGCGGGCUCACAUUCAGAUGUUGACGUCGAAUCGGUAGAGAAGACUCCUUCGGGUCGUCACGAUACUGUAACUCUACCACCUAUUGGUGAUCGUAUUAGACCUGUCCUCUACCAAGUAGUUUCAACAGGAUGGGGUUCCGGCGUUAUCCUCGAAGCUGAGGACUUUUUCACCGUAGGGCCCGAUCGUCGCAAUUUGUAUUGCAUAAUGCUCGAUCAGCAUGCAAUCAAUGUUGUUAGCUCGUGUAGGGGAUUUGAUAAGUCUAUGGUUUCGGUUAAGGAUUAUGUCACAGUCCCGCUUUUUGCUCGUACGACGGCGCUCGAAAAUAACUUGGGCUAUUUCUUCAGAGCAGCUCGUUUUGUGUUUGCGUCUCCCGAUACUCUACAAGAGCCUGUCUACGGACUUGUUCUAGGUCUCGUCCGCCGCAGGAAUCGCGUGACCCACCUUCGGGCAGUAUUCGAAGGCGCGCCGGAUGUAGUUUCCCUCACGCCUACUAUUUGCGAUUUCCGUCUCGAUGAAGCGCGUGAGGAUCAGUUACUCUCGGCCAGGAAGCAAUACAAUGUCUUCUCGGCGAUGCGGUUUUCAGAACCCCCUGCGUCCGAGCACGCCCGUAGGCAAUUGUGUCACCUCGUUCGUUGGUUUCUCCCGAUGCACCCAGAGGAGGCUAUUGUAGUAGUCGAUAUCAGCGGUUGGCACAAUCGGUCGGUAGAGCGUCUCACCCACGAACACGGUCCUCCCAUUAACGAGAGCGUCUUUCUCGAUGUCGCGGUCCGUCUGACGAAUGCAUCAGCUGCCGCCAACCCCGUAGACGAGCACAUUUCCAGGAUGCGCUUGAUAGAUAACUUCGCGCGAGGAUCGGUAGCCCUCGCUAUCAUGGAUCGAGUAUAUGGCUCUGCCCCCCUAGGUUGCCUUAAUCACGGAGAAGAAGGGCCGGUGGCCCCGAUAGCUCAGGGCACGGUUGUCACGAUACACGGUCGCGAUGUCAUUCUCUUCACGGAGCAACGCGAAGCCAUAGCAUUGGGGGUCGGUGGCAUCCCCAUUACUGCUAUCCAGGCAGCUUUCGGUACGGGCAAGACAGUCGUUGGUGCAAUUAUUGCUGCUCGAUGGGCAGUGUCGCCGGUUAGAGCGAGCAGCAAUAAUUGCACCAACGACUGUCUUGCCCGUACCGAAAGCUGCCUGGAUAGCAGUAAUGGGGAUGCCACCGACCCCCAAUGCUAUGGCUUCGCGUUGCUCCGUGAAGAGAAUGACAUCGCGACCGUGUAUCGUGACAACCGUGCCCUGAGCUAUCGGGGCCACCGGCCCUUCUUCUCCGUGAUUAAGGCAACCUAG